UGGUAUAUUCUACAAGCUGACAGCCUGAAACUUGACCACCGCAUCUCUUCAACUUCUUUCUCCUUGGCGCCAUUUCAUGACUCGACCGUUAAACAUUCAAUAAGCCAAGUUCCAAUGACAUACAAAACAGCUUACCACCUCUCGAUUCUACUAAGAAACUGCGCCAAUCACUCUUUAAUCUAUCAAGUCAAACAAAUCAAUGCCCAAAUCGUUUUAAGUAACUACCUCAGCAACGUUACCCUUCAAACUGAUCUCUUGUUAGCCUACUCGAAAUCUGGGUUUCUUCAAGAAGCUCGUAAAGUGUUUGAUAGAAUGCCUGAAAGAAACAUGCAUUCGUGGAAUAUUAUGAUGUCAUCGUAUGCGCAUAAUUAUUGUUACUCUGAUGCUGUUUGUAUCUUUGAUGAAUUUUUGAAAAUGGGUUUUCGACCGGAUCACUAUACGUUGCCUCCACUGUUCAAGGCAGUAGCUGGAGUGGGAGAUUGUUAUUUGGGAUUUGUGCUUCAUGGUUGGGUGAUUAGACUUGGUUUUGAGGGAUAUGUUGUUGUGGGAAGUUCUGUUCUGGAUUUUUACUUGAAAGGUGGGAAAUUGGUUGAGGCGAAGCGAGUGUUUUCUAAUAUGUUGUGGAGGGAUUGUGGUGUUUGGAAUUUGAUGAUUUCUGGAUUUGGGAGGGCAGGGUUUUAUGUGGAGGCUUUGAAUUUGGCUAGGAAUAUGGUUGAGGAAGGGGUAAAGUUGGAUGCUUUGGUGGUACCGAGUAUUUUGAAUGCUUGUGGAGGGGAAGGUGACUUGAUGAAAGGGAAGGAAAUUCAUGGGCGAGUAGUGAAGAGUACUUUGUUCAAUGUGGAUGUUGUGAUUAGUAACUCGUUGAUUGAUAUGUAUGCCAGGUGUGGGUGCUUGAAUGAUUCAGAAAAGGUUUUCAGGAACAUGCGCAGUUUGAAUGUUGUUACAUGGACCACAAUGAUAUCCUGUUAUGGGGUUCAUGGGAGAGCAGAGGAAUCUCUGGAAGUUUUUAAGAAAAUGAAAGGUUUUGGACUUAAACCUAACCCUGUCACACUAACUGCAGUUUUGGCUAGUUGCAGCCAUUCAGGUCUAAUUGAUGAAGGCCGGAGGAUCUUUUAUUCAAUGCAAUCACAUUAUGGGUUUGAACCCAGUGUAGAGCACUAUGCUUGUAUGGUGGACCUCUUAGGUCGUUUUGGCUAUCUCGAGGAAGCACUUGGAUUAGUACAGAGAAUGAAGUUAGAAGCAACUGCGAGUGUCUGGGGUGCGCUACUGGGUGGUUGUGUGAUGCACCAGAAUGUCAAUAUUGGUGAAAUAGCAGCUCAUAGUCUUUUUGAACUGGAACCAAGUAACCCCGGAAACUAUAUAGCCUUGUGUUAUAUUUACAAAUCUCAUGGUAUUUCAGAUGGUAUAAAAAUAACCAGGGCAAAGAUGAGAGAAUUGGGUUUGGCUAAAACUCCUGGUUGUAGCUGGAUAACAAUAGCAGGAACAGUACACAAAUUCUACCAAGGAUGUCAUUCUCAUCCAUUGACAAAAGUGACGUGUGAAAUUUUAGAUAGAAUGAUCAAGUUGCUAAUGUUGCCUGGUGAUUUUGAACUAGAAAUCCAUGUUAUUAAUAUUUCAUCAUGCUCCCUUUCAUAAAAUUUUGUAAUAUCACACUCACUGGAUGAUUUAUUGUACCACAGGCAUUGCAGUUGAUCAGGUCAUUUGUUUUUCUUUCCUUGUUCAGACAUAUGGCAUGGUAUGACUAGCUUAGAAGGAAAAGCUUGGACUACCCUGUCCUUGAAAUCUAAAUACAUUUUGGCUUCGCAUCUUAACUGACAACUGUUCAUUGCUUGUUGAGUGCAAUUAAACGGACCUUGUGCUCGAGAUGCUGCUGAUUGGACCGAGAAGAGGGUGUUGCUAUAUCAGAAUCCAGGAGAUGAUCAUGUGCCAAUUUAAUGUGCGAACCUUUAGCCAGUUUUUCAUUUUUCUUAAUCUCCUCCACAAGAUGCACAUCCUCUUCAAUGUUUAGUACUGUGAUUUUCUCACCAUGUGGGCCUGGAAUAAUGGCUUCCUGGACUUUAGCAUGCUCAUCAAACUCUAAGAUUUCAGUUUUCUGAACCGUUUUCUUCUUUCUCUUCUUAAUGAAGCAACAGAGAGCAACAGAGAGGAAUGCAAGAAAGAAUAUGCCACCAAGUGAGACAAAGACAACAAUUAUAACAGUUGAAUGAUGUCCUGGUGUUGGCGGUGGAGGUGGAAUAACAUGAGAGGGUGCAGGUGGAAUAAUAUGAGGUGGUGAUGGUGGCGGAUGAAAUGGAUGAUUGGGUGGUGUUACUGGCACUGGGAACGGGGAUGGUGGAGUAAUUGGAUGAUGUGGUGGAGGAACUUUUGGAGGGGAGGGUUUAAUGUGUGGUGGCGGAGGAUUAUGGGGUGGGGACCCUUUUGGAGGGGAUGGAUAAUUAUGAGGUGGGACAACUUUUGGAGGGGAGGGUAUAAUGUGUGGUGGCGGAGGAUUAUGGGGUGGGGACCCUUUUGGAGGGGAUGGAUAAUUAUGAGGUGGGACAACUUUUGGAGGGGAGGGUAUAAUGUGUGGUGGCGGAGGAUUAUGGGGUGGGGACCCUUUUGGAGGGGAUGGAUAAUUAUGAGGUGGGACAACUUUUGGAGGGGAGGGUAUAAUGUGUGGUGGCGGAGGAUUAUGGGGUGGGGACCCUUUUGGAGGGGAUGGAUAAUUAUGAGGUGACACGACUUUUGGAGGGGAUGGAGGAUUAUGUGGUGGUGGUCGAGGAAAAUAUGGGAAGUUGUAGUCAUAGUUAUCAAGGGGAGCCAUUUCAAUAUGGGAAAGAGAUGGAAGCUGACAGAUUAUGUUUUGCUGCUGCUGAGAUACGAAUAUUAUGAGUUCUGCUUUUGCCUAUUUAUACUAUCGACUCUCGAGAAGAGUUUUCAGUUGUUAAAUGUUUUGCAUGCUUCUAAGCUUUGAGUAACUUUGCUCACAUGCUAAGUUUGACAAGGUGUUGUCAUUGAUUGCAUUAAAAAACACUUCUUUUGUUUUUCUGAUUAUUUGAGAGGUGUCCUUUCUACAUCUCAUGAUAGGAAUAUCAAUGGAGUAGAUUAAACAAAGACUGUGAACCCUACAUUGUGCAAUCAUGUCGAAUUCCUUAAACGCUGGGCACUGGACUGUGGAGGGAAUGAAGGCAUAGAGGUGGCUUCCAAUCUCAUGAGGUCGGUUAAAUUGUUUUCGACAGUAGCUUACAUGGUAAAGGCAGGUGAAAUACGAAAAUGAGAUACAGUUUACCCAGUUUAUAAAGUCUUUUAGUGUGUUAUUGGUA